AAGAAGACGGAGAUAUUUCUCAAUGUGUUCUGCACAUAGUUAGUGCGUACCAAGUAUUUAGCCAGUAUGGUUUGUUGUGGAAAAAAUGAUCGUUUCUAUUUGUGCUGCGAAAAAUCUUAAAUUUUAGUUUCGAUGAUGGAUCACUUAUUCAAAGAACUUGAACGGACCAAUGGACUGAUGAAUUAUAUGUAGCGCUCAUGCAAAGUGAAGAAUAAUUGAAUUGUGCGCUCCAAUUUCUGCAAUAGAAAAGAUUAAAUUUUGAGGCAUAAUUUAGAAGCUCAUACGUUUGCCCAACUAUGUUUAAUGAUUACAAUGUUUAGUGUUUCGUGCUGGUGUGAGAUUCACUGUUAAAGAACUUUGGUUCAACCAUCACUAAAUUUACAAUUAUAUAAUAACCCGAAAAGGACUUCUGUGAGCGAUAAGUUAAAAUCAGUGUGUGCCAAUACCGUACGGCCAAACUUAUGUGACAUUGUGGAAUUCUAAGAUAAAAAAUUAAGCUAGCUCUAAAAAUAAAACGAUAUCCAAAGUGAAUUUGAUAUAGGACUAACAAGUUAGCAACACUUUCGCUCGAAAAUGAUCUCACAUCUAAAUCCAUGUAUAAGAUAUCAACUGAUUUUCUGUUUAGACGUUUGUACUACGGACUUAAGGUCCUCUAAAAAUGACAUGAACGAUAUAUUCGAUGACAAAUGACAGACAACAUAGCAAUUCAUGCAAUUACGAAUACACACACUAAAACGAGGUAAUGUCUGAGAAACAUGUUGAGUUUAUUGUGCAUUGACAGCAAAAUGACGACUUACAUGAGCAAAUAAUAUAAGUAUGUGUUGUGUUGAAAACAAUCAUGGUUUUUGAUAUAUUUUUUAUUAUUUGAUAUUUUGUGGAUAAAAAUAAGUUUUGCAAUAAUAAACUGGUGCGCCCGCGGGAAAAGAUGCAGGAGAGGCUUGACCUAUUCUAAAUAUAAACUUUUAAGUUUGAUUUGUCUGUUUAAACGACACUUGAUGAUUGUGGUAGCAGCAAUAGUUAUGAUGAAAUGUAAUUGCUUUGGCGACAAUAAUAUUGGCACGUUCAUUUCGGUGUAGAAAAUAGAGUCAGAAGAAUCUCGUGUUGCUUGUAACGAAGAAGAAUAAAUUGAACUAUGGAGUGAACUAGAGUGACCUAAAAUUCAUAAAAGAUGCUUAUGGAAUGAAGGUGAUUUCGAUGUUCUCAUCAAUCAAAACUGCUGAAAAAUACGACAUAUUUCUCCGAAUGACACAAUCAAUACUGGAAAAUGAUCAAGAAUAAAUCAGAAGAUUUACGAGCAGAGUGCAGUAAUUCAUUGUCAUCGCCAACCAGCAAACGUAAAAAUGAGUCUGCACUUAAGCAACUACAAAAUGACAUGAUGGGUAAAGCUCGUUCCACGUUAAGCAGCUUGGGGGAUGUGUUGAAAGGAAAUAAGAAUACUUCUAGCAACUCAGCUCCAUCUAGCCCUUUGUCAGAGACACAACAUAAAACCUGUUCUAACGAUUGGAGUUUGGAGCCCAUGGAUUAUCAAGCGCCUGCCCCUCGUAGCCCGAAAUCUCCAAAAGACAAAAGUUCCUUAGAUUUUUUUCUUUGGUCGAAAAGUAAGAAUAAAGAGUUCGCGAAAAGUAUAAAAAAAGAUAAGCUUAAAACGCAACCUUCGCAACUGAGUGAUGUUAAUGAAGAAGACAUUGAAGAGGAAGCAAGAAAAGAUUUAAUAUGUGAAUAUGAAAACUCGCCUAAGGCAAAAAACGCUGCUACAGGUACUGUCAGAAAAACCGCAUAUGACACUAGUACAUCGGCAAUACGUUAUCAACCACAUGGGCUUUCGCAACGUGCGAAAUAUUCCAUCAACUUUGAUGAACGAUCAAAUGACUAUGCAACUGAAGCUGAAUUUACUCAUUCAAUGGAGGAAGGAAUACAUUAUACAGCACGAGAUGGUUCAAACAAACAGUUUGAUGGUCGGCCAAAAUCAUAUAAUGAAAAAAACAUGUAUACACAAAAUACUCGAGGAUAUCAGGAAUGUGAUGAACGGUACGAUGACGAUUCUGCUCAAAAUAUUAAAAAUACGAGAAAUCCCUCAAGUCCAGCACCAAUAAAACAUAUACUGUUCAAUGAGGAAAAUGACAUUUUGUAUUAUAAGGAUUCACAAAAACCGUGUAAAACUAAAUCGCUCAACGAAUAUCAUGGCAGGGAAAAGCAUAAAGGUGUUCCUUUCAAAACAUUUUCUGCAAAAGAAAAUCGGAAAGCACAUGAAUCUACACCAAUGCUACAAAGAAAAAUAUCAAGAGAUGACAAAUCAUCGCUAAUUCCUUGUGCUACCAUACCUAACGAACAAAGCGUUGUGAAAACUACGAAGAAUGUUCAGAAGAGUGCAGGACAUUCUGAAGAUCAACCAAAGGUGAUACAAAGAGCAACUUACAUGAAACCUACUCUGUCCCGAGAAUACUCAAUAGAUUAUAGGCAGCCUACAAGUAGUGCAAAUAUGAAUCUCAAUCAAUACGCCGAAUCAGCAGAUCCUUUACUGGUGCGACAAAACCAAUACCAAAUGGAGGAGCCAAAUGAUAAAAAAUUUAGCAGAAAAAUAUGUUUUCAAGAACCCAUAUAUGAUGAAAAAACCAAAUGUGAUACAUUACCCCGUAGUCGAAAAAAUGUGAAAAAGAGCGAGAUUGACAAAAAUAUAAAUGAUUAUUUAGACAUGGAUAUGUUAAGACCUCGAAGUGGUAGUCUUGAUUCGGAUCUUGAGUCACAAGCUAUGCGUAUUGUUAGAACAGUGGGACAAGCAUUCGAAGUCUGCCAUAAAUUGUCCAUGCCAGACGUCGGUGGCAACGUAGAUGAUGAGCAUUCGGAGCCAUCCCAUUGUGACUUCUCAGAAAUCGAUCGAAACUCCGAUAGAGUGAGCGAAGAAGAAGAUAAAAAAGACAACAUGAUUCCAAUUCAUGACUUACCACGACAUACAAGACCGAGUCAUCUAGAGAUUUUACCACCAUCCAAUAUAGGCCAGAGAACGCCAAUUAUUCAGGAAAAAGCAAUUGAAGGAUUUUCAGAAAGUACACCAAUAACUGCUUCUACAGAAAUUGUGUCAUUGAAGGAGCAGCUUGAUCAACAGCAACUUCAAACUAGGCAGAUUUUGGCACAAUUGAUGCUUGUGAGGGAGCAACUAAUAACAGAGACAAAUGUUAGGAUUGAAGCUCAGGCACGCAUUCAACAAUUGGUACAACAAAAUCGAGAACUAUUAGAGCAUAUUGCAACCCUUGGAGGAUUUCAUGAUUCCGAUCGACCAGGAAUGUCAGCUACCGCUAUUGGAUUAGCGCCGCAGAAUCACCACCAAACAUUCAGUGAUCUUCUAAAUCUUGGAGCAUUAGGCCAAUAUUUCCCCACAAUGCAACCAAGCUCACCAUUGCAGCAACCAAUGAGUAAUGCAUCUGGAAUGAGCUGUCCAAUGCUCAACAAGUUACAUAAUAAACUCCCGGUUGGUCCACUCACUACACAGGAUAUAUAUAAUUUGAAUCAAAGCAUUUUGAGUCAGCUUGCCAAUUCAAACUAUAAUCCAAUGUAUCCAACCCUAUCUCCGACAAGUAUGAAUUCCAGCCAGCAGCAUCUCAGUAAUUUUAUGUUUGCCAACCAGAAUGCAACAGGAUUCAAUAACGUCAAGCCGUUUUCAGGUGAAAAUGAUAGUAUAAAAUGCCCGAGUAGCAUGGGACUAAGUCAGGUCGAUCAAUCAAACAGAAACAGUAACAAUAGUAGAUUGUCUCUGGCUCUUGAUGAUUCCACGACCAACAGGAGCACCAAAACACAGGAGGAUUCAAGGUUCAACGAAAAGUCGACACCAGUAGAGAGUACCCAAUUUAUAAAGCCACUUUCGCAAGUAGGGACGUUAACAACUAUGGACGCUGAUGGAAAAGUCAAAGUUAUAGUACCUGUUAAUACAAACGAUCAGUUGGAGAUUCCUACUUCCAUGAAUCGCAAAUCAACGUCAUUUUCAGAAUUGUCUGGAAAUGCCAGUAAUGAAAGUAGCUGCAAAAAUGUAUCAAUUCUGAAGGAUUCAAAAGAGAAAAAAUCUUCCAUUCCAAGCCUGGUAACAUUAAAAAUAACUGACGAAAGUGGUGUAGUAACAAGGAGGCUACCUGCAACACCUAGUUUUAUAACCCGCAGUACUAGCGAAAAGGUGCCAAAUCGUAGUCAAAUAAUGAGUCAAGUUCAACGUACACAAUGGGCUCGCCACACCACUAAAUAAAUUGGAGAUUAGAUCUGCAUGGUGAUCCCAACAAUAUAUACCGAAUUAUAUUCUCUAGAAAUUACAAUAAUGAAGAAAAUUGUAAUAUGUGAACUGUAAACGUGUGUACAAUGUAUACGGUGCAAAAACGAGGAUAUAAUAUACUUUUGUUUGACUUUUCAUCACAUCCGUUCUCCCUUUCUUAUAUUAUAAAUACCUGAAGCCGCUGUUGAGAGCAAUGUCUGCGAUCUUGUUCAACGCAUUGACUCAAACAAGAUUCGAGUUGAGCAUGUUAAUAUGCUUAAGAACGAACUUAAGAACGAAUAAAAGAUGUAGCUGCCAAUUUAGACGCAUUCCACCGAUUGUAUGCCGAGUAAAUACUUACCUUAGCUAGUUCGGCAUAUGCUCGUACAGUAAUGUUUCGAUUAUAUCACGGUCGGUCUGUAUUUUAGCGUGAUAUAUUUGAAGCGUGAUAUAUUCAAAACAAACCAAAAAAUUACAUUCAAGCAUUAAUCCAUGUAUUUCUAUAAACAAAAAGUAAUGAUAAGGUCAAGUUAGUCAAAAGAAUAAAUCAUAGUAGGGUAAUGGGCCUAUUUUUGCCAUGCUUCUAUAAUCACACUACCCAUUUGAAGCCGAUGGCAGCGUCUGCAAUCUUUGUUCAACGCAUUGGGUAAAACGGUAUGGCAUCAGUGGAGAAUUUUUCCCCACACAGCUUCACCUUACGUAGAAUAUAUCGUUUCUUAAAAUAGUUGAGCCACCCAAAACUAAACUUAAAGGAAUCUGCCACUUUAAAGUUUUGGACAAAUAUUUUGACUAUUAAAAUCAGUGUAUUCGAAGAGAUUACGAUUCAGUUCUCGUUGUUUCAACAUCCAUAGAAAUAGUCCCAUCACUAAUUGUUGAUGUUGUCCUUUCAAAAAAAAAAAAGUAUUCACAUCGAUUCAAGAGAAAAUGCAUAUCUAGGCAUACCUACCAUAUCUUGCGUAAUUUGUUUUUCUCAUUAUUUUGUUAGAUUUUCUUGCGGAUAACUAACAAUUUAAAAAAGAAGUCGGUUUGUUUAUCUGCUACGCCAAACGGUCCCUCCAGACGGUCCCUUAAGGACACGGCAAAUAAGUUACGAAAAAUUUAAAACUAAAAUUGAAAUCGGUCGAAGAAUAUUUCGGCAAUCUUAGCCAUUGCAACAACGUCUUGGUAAAACAUGAUUUCGAGAUUAUUCACGUUUGAUGUUUCGCGCCACGCCCUGUCUUCACUUAAAGGAACAAGAUAAACAGCGCUAUAACUGCUUCUACUACUUAUACCUCUAUAAAAAUUUCAGAUACUUUCUUAAGAAUCUAUACUUUUAUCUUAAAGAAUAAAAAAGUACGACUUUUUGACCGACCUCAUCAUAUAUAAACCCUUAACGAAAUAGUCCGAAACCUAAUAAUAGGCUCAUUACCCUAUAUGUAAAUAAGCAAAUCAAUUGUAAAAAACCCUAAAAGUGCCAGGACACAACAUGUGGCUUAAUUGGAUCAAAAUGUAGUGUGCCUUAUCUGUAUUUCAAAAAGCGUGAUAUAAUCGAGAUAAAACCGUGAUAUAUUCGAGGGUGAUAUAAACGAGUAUUGAUAUAAACGCAUAGUGAUAUAAUCGAAACAUUACUGUAUAUCUAUACCUAGCUAUCGUACAUCUUUUUUUUUUUUUUCAUACGUUUAUUUGACACGGCAUUUG